AUGAGCAAUAGAGAGACCCUGGAAGUACCCAGGCAACUCGAGUCCCACGAGCUCCAUUCUUGGCCAGGCCCAGUAUCGCAACCAGCUGUCUCUGAACCUGCCACCCGAACGUUACCGCAGAACCCUGAGGUCGACCGUGAAGUAUUCGCUGAAAAUGAUCACGAGAUAUCACAAUUAGCCCCCGUAGACGGAGGGAUUGCAGCAUGGCGACUACUUGGCGCAGCAUUCGUAUUUGAGACUCUCCUAUGGGGAUUUCCCUUGUCUUUUGGUGUGUUUCAAGACUACUACUCGAGAAUCCCAGCUUUCGCCAGCAGUCCGUACAUCAGUGUCGUCGGCACAAUAGCCUCUGGUCUUGGCUACAUAGGAGCUCCGUUCAUUCUGCCUUUUAUCCAGAAAUACCAACGAUGGCGACGGCAGAUGGUCUGGGUUGGCUGGCCCAUUUGUAUCGGCGGACUUGUAGCUGGUUCUUUUGCCAACACGCUCGGGACUCUUAUCCUGACGCAAGGUGUCGCCUAUGGUGUUGGGUUUCUUAUUCUUUACUACCCUAUUCUAAUGAUGGUAAAUGAGUACUGGAUCGCUCGCCGCGGAAUGGCAUACGGCUUACUUUGUGGCGCAUCUGGAGUUUCUGGCGCUGUCAUGCCGUUCGUAGUGCAGGCACUCCUCUCCAAGUAUGGCUAUCAGACGACGCUCCGCGCUGUUGCUGUUAGCCUAGCCGUUCUCACAGGACCUCUGAUCCCAUUUCUUGACGGCCGAUUGCCUCCCUCCGCGCACGUCAAUGCGCCGAAAACAAAUUGGUCCUUCUUCAAAAGCCCUCCCUUCUGGCUAUACUCUAUAUCCAACUUAUUCCAGGGCUUUGGGUACUUCUUCCCUUCAUUGUACCUCCCAUCCUUCGCCACCUCUCUCGAUCUCGGUGAAAGGUCUGGGCCCGUGCUUCUCGCCGUCAUGAGCGUAUCCCAGGUCACAGGGCAGUUUGCCUUCGGAUAUCUUUCGGACCGGAAAGUACCACUUGAUGUACUUGCUAGUACCUCUACGCUGGUGGCUGCCGUGACGACUGUUACUAUGUGGAGGCUGGCAGAUUAUUUCCCCGUCCUAAUCGGCUAUACCAUCCUUUAUGGUUUCUUUGGUGCCGGCUUCACUGCUAUUUGGGCAAGGAUGAGCACGACCGUCACGGACGACGCUACGGCCGGGCCGAUCGUCUUUGGCCUGCUCAACUUCGGCAAGGGUGUUGGAAACGUGCUCGCUGGCCCCAUCGGCGGUCUACUUGUUCACAACAGCAGUGCCCUGCAACAUUCGUCUGCUGCCGAGUCUCUGAAUGCGUCGUCGUAUUAUUGGGUUAUUAUCUUUACUGGGUGCUUUUCAUUCCCAUUCCAUCCCUCUUGUCCUACUGUCAUGCGGUAUUCAACUCUAUCCACCGCCCUUUUGGCUCUGAUGCCUCUCGGUGCCCUCUCUGCAACCCUACCGACCAAGGAAGCCUCAUCUCGGGAGGUGAUCUUCGAAGAGCUUCAGGAAGGCGGUGUCCUCUUCCGAGCCUACGCUCCAGACAACGUGACCGACGCCCCUGAACAGGCACCCACCCUCGAGAAACGAGGUUGCAACACCGGCGCAAACUUCCCCUCCAACGACGCCAUCAAACUGAAGAACAACCUGCAAAACAGUAACCCUGAUCAGCUGUCCAACCUUCCUGCUCGAAGCAUCCUUGAAUGGUCUCUCGGUGAUGCCAAGAUCUGUGUUUUUAACAAAUAUUUCUUCGACAACACCCAUAUCAAGCGGUGGGAAGCAGGCUGGGUCACUGGUUAUAUCAAAGACUCUUGCUGUGGUGGUAACUCUCAGUGUCGACAUCAGACCAAAGAAAUGGAGUCUUCUAAGUCCAAGGGUUGUCCUGAGAGUCGUAGUAGCGUUGGGCGAGACGAGCUCAAUGAAAUCUUUCAGGUCGAUGGUGCUUGGGGAACCGCCUGGGAGGAACCAAUUUGGGACACGAAUGGAAUGGUACUUGUUGAUGCCAAGCAGUACGCCGCCUUUUUGGAAUGGCAGGCUGGGAGUCAUGAAGGUGAGUCUGCUAACUCCUCACUUGAGCCUAAAGGUAAGUCCAGCGAUAUCUGCGAGAAGAAGGAGAAUACCGACCCAACCCAGCUUGAGAAGCAAGAAAGCAACAUCCAUUCAUCCCAGCAUGAUGCUGAGGAUCAUACUCGCGAUUCACCGAGUGAUGACGAAGCCCAGGUAUUGUGCGAAGAGUUUGAGAGCAAGAUGGACCGAGUGGGCAUCCCGCAUGAGUUUCGACACAUUCUUAAGCACCCAGAAAUGUCACAGCUCAUCGAUAAUGACAUGAAUCUCUUCAAGGUGGCCAAGCUCGUCAAGUUCGUCGACAAGAAGGAUGAUGACAUGAAGUUCUUCAAGCUGAGCCUGCUCCUCGAGAAGAUCAAGGAGAUAGAGGACGAGAAGAGACAGAAGAGCUCACACAAUGGGAGAAACUAA